CGCUGCAAGAUGGCUGAGUUGAAUUUGGGGAAGGGGCUGACUGCGGGGAAAGUGGCCAGCAACGUCCAGAAAAAGCUAACCAGAGCCCAGGAGAAGGUUCUCCAGAAGCUGGGCAAAGCUGAUGAGACCAAAGAUGUUGCCUUUGAGGAGGGAGUUAUCAACUUCACCAAACAAUAUGCCGAAGGCAGCAAACUGCAGAGGGACCUUAGGGCGUACUUGGAGGCAGUGAAAGCCAUGCAUGAGUCCUCCAAGAAUAUGCAGGCAUGUCUGGCUGACAUGUAUGAGCCAGACUGGUACGGCAAGAACGAAUUGGAGUCCGUUGUGGAGGACUGUGAUGUACUUUGGACUGAUUACCACCAGAAGUUGGUCGAUCAUGCUCUCAUCUCCAUGGAUACUUACCUGGGCCAGUUCCCUGAUAUCAAGGCUCGUAUAGCUAAGAGGGACAGGAAAUUGGUCGAUUAUGACAGUGCCAGGCACAACUACGCUGCCACGCACAAGACCAAGAAAAAAGACGGGGGCAUUAAAAUUACCAAGCCCUCCUCUUUGUUGGAGAGGGCCACUCCAGGUUGGGCUCAGGGCAUCCUCUCUGCACACAACGUUGCCCAGAGCAGUCUGUCCAGGAGCCAGGCUGAGGAGGAGUUGGAGAGAGCCCAGAAGGUGUUUGAGGAGAUUAAUAUUGACUUGCAAGAGGAGUUACCUUCACUCUGGAACAGUCGUGUUGGGUUUUAUGUCAGCACCUUCCAGAGUUUGGCUGGUUUCGAGGAGAAGUUCCACAAGGAAAUGAGCCGGUUGGAUCAGGAUCUGUAUGACAUUUUGGAAAAUUUGGAGCAAACAGACACAACCAGAAAGACAGGUAACCGCGGCGCCUCAUUGUCAGGAGCAAAUAGGAGUGCCAAAGAACCAUCUAACCACACUCUCAGGCCGGGAGGACCACCCCCAAUCCCUAAAUCUCCAUCCAAGCUAAAGCCAGCAUUGCCCCCUCCACCCAAGGUGACCCCAUCUAAGGAGAUGAAAACAGAGAACAUCAUCAACCUGUUUGAUGCUGCAGCUACUCCUGAUAUCAGUGUGACCUCCCCUACAGAGCCUGCAAACUGGGACUCAUGGGAUGAGUCUGCAGCAGCUGCUGCAGCAACGCCAGAAGAAGCAGCGGCAGAAGAGACACCUGCAGUAGCAGCAGAAUCAACAGAAGCAGCAUCAGAACCUGCAGAAAUGCCACCUGGCUUCUUGUUCAAGGUCCAGGUGAUGCAUGAUUAUGCUGCCAACGACACAGACGAACUAGAGAUGAAGGCUGGAGAUGUGGUGCUAGUAAUCCCCUUUGAAAACCUGGAGGAGCAGGAUGAGGGCUGGCUGAUGGGAAUAAAGCAUGACGACUGGCAGCAGAACAAAGAAAAUGCCACUAAAGGAGUAUUCCCCGAAAACUUCACCCAGAGGCUGUGAAUGAUGAGGACAAGACAUCAUUCCAGCUUCUUUCUUUAUGUCUCUCUUCUUCUUGCCGCUAUCCUUCAUACCCUCUCU